AGCUUAUAAGUGAGCAUCCUGGAGCCACUGAAGGAAAGAGGAUGGUCUUCGAACGGCAUGCUGUUUCCCCUCAGUGUUUCACACAUUGGCUGCUCUAUGGAGUUAGAAAUGUAGUACCAUUUGCCUGUUGUGUUAUGGUUGUCAUCCUUCUUAAAACAGAUGGAGAAGAUGGCAUAGCAACAGAUCCAACCUUCUGCCACCAAACUGGAGUCCCCCUGUGCGCUGCAGUUGGACCGAUGUGAAGCUCUUUGUUUUGGACUGAAGACGCUUGUCCACUGCUUGUCCCGAGGAAAGCCAUUCUCUCCUAAUUCAUGAGCCAGCAGGAUGUGGUCGCCGUGCUUUCUGAACGCCUUCUCAUAGCUGCAUACAAAGGGCAAGUGGAUAAUGUUGUGCAGCUGAUCAACAAGGGUGCCAAGGUAGCCGUCACCAAGCAUGGGCGGACACCUCUCCAUCUUGCGGCUUACAAGGGUCAUCUCCGUGUUGUCCAGAUUUUGCUCAAAGCAAGCUGUGAUGUGGAUCUUCAGGACGAUCCUGUGGAGACCAGCUCUCUAGAGUAUGAAACCCCAAGAAGUAACUCUUUCCUUCUCCCUGCUAAUCCUGCAAGCCCUUAUUGGAAUCCUGGUGCCAUCUCUGAUUGGUCAAUGAGUGUUCACACAGCACAUACCUCAGAAAUAGUCAAGGGAACAGUGGCCCUGGUAAAAGAAGUCAAGGAAGAAAAAAAUAAGAAAAAACAGAGGAGAAGGGCUAGAAAGGAUCCUAGAAGAUUGCAAAGAGAGAAGGAGGGUGAUCAGACAGCUUUGCACCGAGCUACAGUUGUAGGGAACACAGAUGUAAUAUCUGCUCUUAUCCAUGAAGGGUGUGCUUUAGACAGACAAGACAAGGAUGGGAAUACAGCUCUCCACGAAGCCUCUUGGCAUGGAUUCAGUCAGUCAGCCAAACUGCUUGUUAAAGCAGGGGCGAAUGUUCUGGCCAGAAACAAGGCAGGUAACACGCCACUGCACUUGGCUUGCCAGAACAGUCAUUCUGAAAGUGUUCGAGUCCUACUGCUUGGAGGUUCUCGAGUUGAUAUCAAAAACAAUGCAGGAGAUACCUGUUUGCAUGUUGCAGCUCGUUACAAUCACUUACCCAUCAUUAGGCUACUCCUCAGUGCUUUCUGUUCAGUCCAUGAAAAAAACCAGGUUGGCGAUACGGCACUUCAUGUAGCUGCAGCACUAAACCAUAAAAAGGUGGUCAAGCUGUUGUUGGAAGCAGGAGCUGAUGGGACAGUAGUUAACAAUGCUAGUCAGACUCCCCUUGAAGUUGCACAGGAACACAACAACCCUGAAGUUGCCCUUCUGCUCACUAAGGCCCCACAGAUCUCACGCUUUAAUCGUGGAAGAAGCUUGAGGAAGAAGAGGGAGAGACUCAAAGAAGAAAGACGUGCUCAAUCUGUACCAAGAGAUGAAGUGGUACAAAGCAAGGGCAGUGCUUCUGGUGCUGAUGACACUCACAGCAGUGAUCUAGCUCCCCAAGGGAGAGGUGACUUGAAAGAUGAAGCCCAACAACCUUUGUCUGAACUCAGAGGGAGGAAGAGUAAGAAGAAACCACCAAGAGAAAAGGUUUCAGCACUCUCUGACCCCACAUCACCAGCUGACCAGCAGAUGCCUCCUGGCCCACAGCAGAACUUGCCAAAGCGCAGGAGCAAGCACCGUUGCUCAUCUCCGCCACCCCCCCAUAAGUUCAGAGCAUAUCAGUUGUAUACACUUUACCGUGGAAAGGAUGGGAAAAUAAUGCAGGCUCCAAUAAAUGGAUGUCGUUGUGAACCACUGAUAAAUAAAGUAGAGAACCAGCUGGCAGCUGCCGUGGAAGAAAUAAAAGCUGAGUUUGUGACAGUACAGGAUAAGAUGAAUACCAAACUAGGACAGAUGGAAAAUAAAACACAACAUCAGCUCCGCGUUUUAGACAAAUUAAUGGCAGAGAGGCUGUCAGCAGAAAGAACAGAGUGCCUUCAUCGUCUUCAGGAGCACACAGAGCUGGAAAGAGCUGAAGGGGAGAAACGCCAGGUAUCUUUGGUGGGGGAACUGAAGGCUUGGUGUCUGUUAAAAAUUCAGAAUCUGGAACUGAAGAUUUCUGGAGAUUCUAGAUCUUCAAGACCAAAAUCAACUCUGUCUACCUGCGAGUCACUCACUGAGACUUUGGAUACAGAAAACCUUCAUAGUACAAAGGACUGCAAAACUAGCCAAACUCCCUUGCAGUCAGAUGGAUCACAGCAACAUUCUUGCCUUGCUCUUCAGAACAGUUUGUCUGAAGACACUGGAAGGAGCAGAGUGCCAGUGACAGAGCAGGGCUUUGGGAAGCAAUAUUUUGUUGUUCAGCAAUCCAGCACCUCAGGAACAGAACAACAGUUAGUUGGUGCUGCCCCAACUCCUUCUGGAGCUUCGCCACGAGUUGUCCGGCCUAAGGACAAAACAAGUUUAAGCAGAUUGCAACAAGAACUGCCACCAUCAGAAUACUCAGGUUCCAAAUUAAGGCAUGUCAAGGUACAAACUGUUCAACAGGCCUCUGCUGACUUUGCAAAGUCAGAGUCACAAGCUGGCUGCUUGGUAGAUAAAGGGACUCAAACAAAGAAGGGCAACAGAAGUGGCCAGUUGAAGCACAGAGCCCACCAACAUGGAGGGACUCACCUUGCGCAGCCCUUGCCAACACAGCCUCCACCAACCUCCGUCUCUGGAGGGAAUGAGCCCAGCCCAAAGCUUGCAGGCACCUCUCAGGCCCUGGAAAUCACCCAGUACUUCUUUGAGGCUGUAUCCAGUCAGAUGGAGAAGUGGUAUGAAAGGAAGAUCGAAGAAGCUCGGAGCCAAGCUGAUCAGAAAGCCCAAGAAGAUAAAGCUGCCCUCAAAGAACAUAUAAAAAGUUUAGAAGAAGAACUGUAUAAGCUAAGGACUAAAGUGCAGAAAGAAAAAUAGUCUUGGUUCUUGCUCCUGCAAAGAUACUGGAUGGACUGCUAUUUUCACGAACAGCAAUUAAGCUAAUGGGGUGAGGGUGGAAUGGGGAGGGAUGAGAGGAGAGCCUGCAAGCUAUACUAUGCUUCUUGGGUCUGUAGCCUUCCCACAGUGUAUUUGUGCCACAAAUGCAAAUAAUCUAGAUCUCUUUUUUUCAAAUUAGCACUUCUUUUUCUUCUUGGUGGGGAGGACUUCAUCCUCAUCCCUUUCCUGGGGAAAAAAAGCACGGGCUGGAAUUCACUUGGGCAGUAAUGAAUGUGCUACCACUGUGGUUACAUAUAUAUGCAGUGACUUCCAGCCCCAAUCCCCACUUACUGGGCAGCAGGCGCUGUGAUCAGUGGGGGUUGUUCCCCUAUUGCAUGGCAAGCAGUGACUGAUGUUCCCACCCUUUCCUGUGAGCAGUCUCUGUUGUGAUAGGGAAAAGUUUCUUCUCACACCAGAGAUUGCAGUUUCUUCUCACACUAGAGAUUGCUUGCACAAAUGGAAAUCUACUGUAAGUCUUCUGCUUCCUGAUUGCAAGGGAACAGACCCGCAUCAAUUGCAGCAACUGCUGCCUGGUAAAUACAGAUUGGGAAGAUUUUCGAGGUUCCUAGGGAAUAUGUAGGGAUCGUGAAUACCAAACAGUCACAAAUUCAUAACUCUAGAUUACAUAUUCAUAACUGUCCAAGUGAAUUGUAGCAGUGUUUAGUUUAUCCUCCUAUAGCAUGCCAAUUGUGAUAGCAAUUCUGUGUAGAAUGUGCUUGCGUGAACCUUCUACUGCUCAUGAUAGUUCUAAGGAUGAGCAAUAUCCCUUUCCUCCCAACUAAUGCCUGUGCCAUUUCAUAACUAUUUUGAAGUUUUAUUUUAUCUAUACCUUAUUUUUUAAAAUAAAAAUAAAAAGCUGUGCAUUCUCUUGUUAGGCCACUUAAACUCUGAAGUGCUCACCUAUCCUCCUGAAAGUUAAGAGUAAGUGGCCAACAUUAGCUAGACUACCUCUUCCUUCUGUCCAAGACUGCACUGCCAUUUUAUGAAUGCUUUGUGUUCCCCUGCCUUAAUCCCUCUAGCGCCAUAUAGGUGUGGAAGCUGGCUCUCUGCACAUACCCUUGACUAUAAUGGGCUGGAGCAGGGAAUAUGUGGUUCCUCGCCUCCAUCCAGCAGCUUGUGCUGUCUAUGCAUAGGUCUGUCAAAUCACAAUCAUAUUGAUUGGCUCUUCAGGAGACUGGUAACGGGGCAGGGGGAGCUUGAAUCCAUCCUUUCCUACAAUUGACUUAAGGUAUAAAUACCAUGGUUGGCAUCUUCCACUGCAGUUACGGAUCUGUAAUUGCUCCAUAUUGAACUAUGCUACACAUUCAUGAUGUGGCAUUAUUGCCAAAAUCAUUAAUGCCCCCUGAAUCCUACCAUAAAUUCUAGGGAGCUUCUCUGAGUGAUGGACAUAUGUGGCAUGGUCAAAUGGGGUGUUUCAAAAUGAUGUGGCCGGCUCCCUCUCACCCCCAAGCUGUACGUGGGUUCUAGGGAGCUUCUCUGAGCAUGGUCAAAUGGGGGUGAUACAGCCAGCCGCCUCUCAUCCUACAUAGUACUGUAGCUCAGGGGCAAGAGGGAACAGGUUGCAUUAUUCUGGAGUGGCCCGCUCAACCAUGCUACUUCAAUUGCCCAGAGAUGUUUCCUGGAGUUUAAGAUAGGACUUGGGAGUUGGUUCCUUAAGUCAUUUGUAGCUAUGUUUACAUAACUACACAUGUAGAAUCUCAGCCCAUGACUUGAAAUUACAAUGGUCAGUUGAUGGUCUGUGGGCUAGAUCUGGCCCCCAAAGCACUCCUAUAUCAACCUCAAAACCCUUACCAAAAUUUUGUUGAAGACAUCAUAGCAGGUUUCCAGUUUUAUUGUAAAGGGAAAUAAUAAAAUGUUUUCCACCUGUAAGACUGUUCCCCCCGCUUUAAUUGUGUCUCUUUUGUUUUUUUAAUACAUAAAUGUGCCUGUUUGUAUCUGUGCCUGAGCUUGAUAACUGUGAAACAGAUACUGUCAAAAUAAAAGAAACGGUUUCAAGGCAGUCUCAACUGUUGGGAGAGAAGUGAAAUUGGCCACCUCUGCCUAGAAUAAAUUUUAUCUUCACUGUAUUUCCCCCCUAUGGGUUUUAAGAUUUUAGCAAAGUCUGUCCUGGAACCUGCUUCAAGAAUGUCAUACAUAGUGUAAUAGAAUGCCCUUAAUAGAAUGAGAUGCCUAGCUCUUCAAAACACAACUGGCAUUCAGCCUUUUAUUUUAAAAUAGAUUUUCCUAUUGUAUUUUUAUGAGGGUCUUGAGUGUUGUGGUAUGUAAAAUAUUUGGGGUUUGUGUGUGUGUGUGUGUGUGUGUUCUUAAAAAAUUAAAAUGAUUCCACUGCAUCAACUGUGGAUAAAUCUAGAA